AACACUUCGUCGUACAUUUCCAGAACUCUUUUCUUUCAAAAAAAAAAAAUCCUCAAAAUCUCUCCAAACUGAUUAAAUUUUUUUAAAAAAAAGCUAUAUUUUUUCUGUAAAAUCGAAGUCAGAUGGAGAUGAUCCAGUACAACCGGUUCAUCGCACCCUUCUUGCUGCUGUCUUUGUGUCUGCUCGUUCCGUUGACCCUCGCCAACGACGUAAAAUACUGCGAUAAGACAACUGAGUAUGAUGUAAAGGUUCAAGCAGUUGAGAUUUCGCCUAAUCCGAUCGCAAGGGGGAAGCCUGCUACCUUCAGUAUCUCUGCAACAACGGGUUCGGCAAUUGCUGGGGGGAAACUGGUGAUUGAGGUUUCGUAUUUUGGAUGGCACAUUCACAGUGAGACUCAUGACCUUUGUGAGGAGACAUCUUGCCCUGUGACUACUGGUGAUUUUGUGGUUUCUCACUCGCAAGUUUUGCCAGGAUAUACUCCCCCUGGUUCAUACUCUCUGAAGAUGAGGAUGUACGAUGCAAAGAAGCAUGAGUUGACAUGCAUUGGGUUUGAUUUUAACAUCGGGUUUGCAUCAUCUGUGGCUGAUAGCUAAACAUUAGAAUACUUUUAACAUUUUCUUCUCCAUGUAAUGUACUUUAUAUACACUGUAUGUUCCUUCCAGCUUCACUUUUCUCAUGCAUGUAUAACUUGAUUAUCCAAGUGAGUUGUUACUAUGAAAAGUUGAAGCUGUUAUGUUACACCUAUAGCGUAGUGCAUCGCUGGAAGAAACCGUUGUCUGGUUCUUUAGUAAAUUUGUAAUCAAAUCUCCUUAUAAUAGUGGCUACCUCCAGCCAAUUGUAUGA